AAACAAUUUACAAAAUGGCGGUGGGUAUUUUGAAUUGAGGGGUUAGUUUUUCAGUACGAGUUUUUAAUUAAAGUUUUAAACUUUUAAAUCACUAAAUUGUUUUUAUAAGAUGGAUUUACGGUCAUCAAGGUUACACCCAUAUGAAACGGGAGAUGAUAUAUUAUUAUACGAUGAUGUAGUGUCUCAUUUCGACGAGAGCCAGACAUACUUGAGUGACGAGAGCUUUGUGCCAGUCAAUGAGCACUUUGUUCCGCCCGAGUAUAUCGACGGUGAGUUCCAAGAACGAAGAACAAUCUUGGCUGAUGGCGCCGAGCAGUUUGGGGUCACAGCAGUCGCCUUUGACAAUCAGGAGGAGCUGCUCUGGAUGGGAAACCAGGGGGGUCAUGUUACUUCCUACUAUAGUGCGGAGCUUCAGAAGCACACUUCAUUCCAAGUCCACGCUACAGAAGACAUCCGAUGUCUGCACACUUUCGAAAACGGAGUGUUGGCUUUGAUGCCUAGUGCAUUACGAUGUCAGAUGCGUCGUGGGAUCCCAAUCUUUACUCACAGCUCUGAGAACAUGGUUCAGAUGCAGUGUUUGCUACAACUCUCCCCCCAGACCUUGCUGCUGGGCGGACACACCCAUAAACUCAUAGAGUUUGACCUGAACACAUACCAAGAGGUUAAUCUGCUGGAUGCAAGCAAGAACGGUUGUGCGAUACUGCGGCAACAUAACCGAUUUGUGUGCUGUGGUGACCCUAGUGGCAACAUAGAGCUGCGGGACCCGGGCAGUCUUCGGGUUGAACAUUCCUGGGACACUCACACUGGCAGCCUUUCAGAUUUCGACAUCCACGGGAACCUGCUGGUCACCUGCGGCUUCUCCAACAGACAAGGUGGCCUGACUGUGGACCGGUUUCUGAUGGUAUAUGACCUGCGAAUGAUGCGAGCUGUAAGCCCCAUUCCUCUACUGCUUGACCCGCUGCUGCUACGGUUCAUGCCGUCGUUCUCGUCUCGCAUCGCCGUCGCCUCUUCGCUCGGCCAGCUGCAGCUCGUUGACACGGUCACUCUGUCCGAGCCCGACCUCACCGUCUACCAGGUGAACACCGGCAACUCACUGUCUCUUGCCCUGGAUGUCUCCACUUCCUGUCAAGCCCUGGCCUUGGGUGAUUCUGGUGGCAGCAUACAUCUCUUCACCUCCCAAAACAACGCCAUAUUCAAUGCCUUCUCUCGGCCCACUGAGUUUGCCGAUCCCAUCGAGCCAUUCGAUUCGAUCAGCAUCACAGAUAGUCUGGCCAUACUGUCAUCCGUUCCCCUCGUCUACACCUCGCCUCCUACCACCAUGCUCUCCGACUGGCCCAAGAAGUUCCUCAAGAAUGUUUGCCGACCCACCCCACCCAUCGACCCAGAGAUACUGAGGACAAUGAAGAUGCAGGGGACAAUUGGCUACGCACCAAAUCCGAACACAAAAUUGCGGAAUCAGGUACCUUACAUCAUGAACAGCCGCAGCACAGCCCAGGAACAACGCAAGAAUGAAGAAAACAGCACAACGUUUGCGGUGAUCCCUAAGCGUUACCGAAAGCUUGACCUGAAGUACUCCAAGUCUGGGCUGGACGACCUGGACAUGGACCAAUACAACAAGACUCCGUUUAGCGGACUUGAAGCCACUCUGCCCAACUCGUACUGCAACGCUAUGAUACAGGUGCUGUAUUUCCUGGAGCCUCUGAGGCAUGUGGUGCUCUCACACCUCUGCCACUCGGAGUUCUGCCUCUGCUGUGAACUGGCCUUCCUGUUCCGCAUGCUGGACGUGUCCCGGGGCCAACCUUGUCACGCCGGUAACUUCCUGCGGGCACUCAGGAACGCUCACGAGGCGUCUGCUCUCGGCCUCAUCCUGCCUGACCAGAAUAACCCUAAUCUGCGCAAGAAGACCAACCUCAUCUCUCUCAUACAGAACUGGAAUCGCUUCAUACUCCAUCAAAUUCAUUUUGAAUUACUUGAGGAAACAAAGCGAAGGGAGAAAGAGAACCUUAAAGCUCCACCCUUUGUGUAUCGAGAUACUGAUUUCCCAUCCAUUGACUUACCACGGCAGAAGCGCAAGACUCGACCGGAUAUUUCUGAAGAGACCCCAGUCAGCUCAAACAUUGAGAGCAAGGACGAAGAGACAGAGAUCAGCCGCAUGUUCGGUACGAAGCAGAUCCAUGUUCACCGAUGUCUCAAAUGCCAGAGAGAGGUUAGCAAGGAAUCCAGCCUACUCGUGUGCAACCUUAUAUAUCCUGAGAAUGAAGUGGUGAGACCUGUGUCAUUCUGCGAGGUGCUGAGUCAGAGCCUCUGCCCGCAGCAGACAACACCGGCGUGGUGUGACCAGUGUGAGAGGUUCCAGCCGACGGAACAGUCCCGUAGAAUCAAAUCUCUACCAGCCCUGCUUACGGUUAACUGUGGGAUGGACAACAACCAGGAGAAGAGCUUCUGGCAGACUCAGAUGGACAUCCUGGUGAAGAACGCUGCGGAGUCGUCAGCGAGUCCAGGCGGCAAACCUUGUCGAUAUGGCACAGCCUGCUCUCGGCCCGGCUGCCGCUUCAAACAUCCCGACCAAAGAACAGGUUAGUUAUAGCAGUAGUUA